AAAAAGUGUGAGGAAUCGAGAAGCCUUGCUCGCCACAAUGGAAGGAGUGCAUGCGGCUUUCGAGUCAAGUGCUAGUGAAGUAAAUGGGGUCACUGCUCCUGACCAUGGCUGGCAGAAGGUCACCUACGCUAAGCGACAGAGGAAGACUAAGCCCGCCAACAACUCUGAUUCCAACGCGAAUCCUAAUAGGAUUGCUACCAGUGAAAUCGUGGCCGGUACUGACAACUUUUUCCGGUCCCUGGAGCAGCAGUCAGAGGACCGGCGCCGGAGAAUUCUCGAAGCACAGAGGGCGGCCAAUGCCGGUGAUGUUGAUGUACCCCCCAGAUCGAAGCAACGGUCUGAUUACAAUGAUUACGAAGAAGAUGAAGAUGGUGAUGCACCGGAGAAUGGGAAAGUGGAGGAAGUGAAGAAGGUGAAGCAGAAGAAGCCGAAGAAGCCUAAGGUGACCGUUGCCGAAGCGGCUGCGAAGAUUGAUGCGGCUGAUCUGGCGGCUUUUCUUGCUGAGAUAUCGACAUCAUACGAGUCGCAGCAGGACAUACAGAUGAUGCGGUUUGCUGAUUAUUUUGGGCGUGCAUUUUCUGCUGUGGGCUCUUCACAAUUUCCCUGGAUAAAGCUGUUGAGGGAGUCAACAGUGUCAAAGAUGGCUGAUAUGCCGCUAUCUCACAUUUCUGACCUUGUAUACAAGACAUCAAUUGACUGGAUCAAUCAACGUUCUCUUGAGGCACUUAGUUCCUUUGUGCUGUGGUCUCUAGACAGUAUUCUUGCUGAUUUGGCUAGCCAGCAAGCUGUGGCCAAGGGCUCCAAAAAGGCUGUACAGCACAUGACUGCAAAAUCUCAGGUUGCAAUGUUUGCAGUCUUAGCUAUGGUGUUGCGGCGGAAGCCUGAUGUUCUAAUUAGCCAGUUACCCAUAUUGAGAGACAAUUCAAAGUAUCAAGGCCACGAUAAGCUUCCAGUGAUUGUAUGGAUGAUAUCUCAGGCUUCAAUAGGAGACCUCUCAGUAGGUUUAUAUGCUUGGGCACGCAAUCUCCUGCCAAUAGUGAGCGGCAAAAGUGUUAAUCCACAGUCCAGGGAUUUGGUUUUGCAGCUUGUAGAGAACAGAAUUUUGUCUGCUCCAAAAGCACGGCCUAUUUUAAUAAAUGGUGCAGUCAGGAAAGGGGAGCGAUUAAUUCCACCAUCUGCAUUUGAAAUAUUAAUGCGGGUUACAUUCCCCACAUCUUCGGCUAGAGUAAAGGCUACUGAAAGGUUUGAGGCAAUAUAUUCCACUCUGAAAGAGGUAGCUCUCGCUGGUUCCCCUGGAAGUAAAGCAAUGAAGCAAAAUUCACAGCAAAUAUUUAGUUUUGCAAUCAGGGCAGCUGGAGAAGGCAAUCCUGAGUUGUCAAAAGAAGCGGCUGGUGUUUUCAUUUGGUGCUUGAGCCAAAGUUCAGAAUGUUACAGGCAAUGGGAAAAAAUUUAUCCAGACAACUUAGAAGCAAGUGUUUCCAUUCUGAAACAACUUUCUGAAGAUUGGACUGGGCACGCAGCAAAAAUAUCUCCUUUCGAGCCCCUGAGGGAAACUCUAAGAAAUUUUAGGCAAAAGAAUGAUAAAGCGUUGUCUAGUGGGACAGAUGCUGCUCAGCUAGCACUCAUUGAGGAUGCUGAUAAGUGUAGCAAAAUAAUCCUAGGAAGAGUAUCGCGAAGUCAUGGGUGUAUGACAUGUUUGACCUUUACAGCUGUUGCUUUAGCUUUGGGUGCUGUUGCAUUCUCCCCCAGUAUGGGGACAUGGGAUUUAAGGAAACUCUCUGUAGCCUUGAGCUCUCAGCUCACUUUCUGAAAAAUGAGAGUAAUUCUCCAGCGCUGGCAGCAAUCGCUCUUUUCAGCCCACCACAAAUGCAACGAGUUAAAUUGUGAAUUCGCCUCAUAAAGUGCAUAACGUGGAGGUUGUAUAUUCUAGUCCUCGUCGGAGGCCAGAGUAGUUUAGGCAAUACCGCUUUGAGAAUGUGUGUUUUAGUUGACCAUUAAGGACUCAUUUUAUCUUUUUUGUUUCUUUUAUAUUUUUUCGUCCAGUUUCCAAAGAAUUUUUUACUCGCGGCUUUAAAAUGGCAGUGCUGGCAAAAUGCCAGAGAGGUAGCUUCCCCUGUAUUCUGAAGUCAGUUGUAGCUUUUCACAAAAUAGUGCAAAUUUUUCUUCUAAGUUUGCA